AUGGCGAAGGUGCCUGUUGAUGACAUUGCGGGCGUCAAGUUUCAAAUUACGAGUAUGUUUGAAGUGGUGGAAACCAACAAUUGGAAUGUUGAUAGUUUGGAACACCAAAACACAAUUCAUGAGUUUCAUCGCGUUAGCAAGAGGCAAAGAAGAGCAUCCCGCUUUAAUUAUUCAAAUCGUAAAAAACAUCGGUCGAAGCCUACGGCACGCAUCUCGUACCAUGAAGGUCUUCAUAUCAUUCGUCAAUUCCUAUUCUACUCCUCUCUCCAUACCGUUGAAAACCUACAGGUUUUCACGUCCCAGUCGGUCCCUAGUCCUAGGUGGGUGAAGGUAGACAAGCUUCGAGUUCCCGAAGACCAUCUUGCAUCGGCAGCGGACCUCAUUAUUAUUCAACUUGGCUCGGAAGGCCUAUCACAGGUCGGUGGCAACAAAUGGUGGAGAUGGCGGGGAAAGAAUUCCUCACUUGAAGGGGAGUGGGUAGAAAUGCAACGCGAUUUUGUCGAACGUCAGCGGAAGGGUGUUCGUUCCAAUCGCGUGAUGUUGUACAUACACGGGGGAGCAUACUAUUUCGGGAGCCCGAAUUCACAUCGAUAUCAAAUACAGAGGCAUGCAAGGAAGUUAAAAGCAAGGGUUUUUGUUCGUAAGUUCGAUAUCUUCUGGGAUAUCCUGGUGACAUUGCGAGACCAAAGAAUGCCAUUACCUGCGGGCGCUAUCCUAAUGUCUCCAUGGGUUGAUUUAACACACUCAUUUCCAUCGGUGUCUGGUGACGGACAUGGGGAUUAUGUUCCUUCCUACGGCUUCAUCCAUCGUCCUUCUCUUUCGUGGCCUCCUCCGAACACCGACGAGAUAGAUACAAUUAUGAAGGCUGAGGAAACACGAGUUAAUGGUGGUUCACGUACUUCAAGCUCUGUCCACGGCCAUGACAAGAGUACGAAAGCCGCCAGACGAAGUUUCCGUGGCGGGACGUCGUUGACACAUAGCAAGGAAACCUCUGUGGGACAUCGAUCUGACACUUCUUCAAUAUACGAACCUCAUGAGAUAUUCCAUAAUCGAAAUCGUACUCUAAAGGUCGAAAUCGAUGGACAACUCAUUGAACUAAAGGACCAGAUCCACAUGUACACCACCAAUGAACUGCUCUCACAUCCCCUUGUUUCUCCUGUCCUCCAGCCAUCAUUGGGCGGUUUACCCCCCAUGCUGAUCCUGACGGGAGGCGCGGAGCUCCUUCGUGAUGAGCAAAUUUACCUGGCCCACAAAGCUGCUGACCCAGCUUGCUUCCUACCGAGCGAGGAAUACCUGGACCGCCACGAUCCCAGCCGCCGGACUGUAAAUAAAUUCCCGCCCACAUUCGUCCAACUUCAGGUGUGGGAUGAUCUUUGUCAUGUUGCCCCUACUCUGAGCUUCACACGCCCAGCAAAAUAUAUGUUUCGAUCAAUUGCCCAAUUCGGAGCUUGGUCGUUGGCUAGAGCACAACAGGCAAGCAUUGACAUUCCUUACUAUGCAUCUGAAGUUUCGUCAAGUGACGUUGAUGGUCCGCAUACAUCAGCUCAAAAAAGCGCAACACCCAGCCCAUAUUCAGGCCUCAUGGUGAUUGGGAAGGCUGGCGAUCCUCUCCCACAAUUCGAGGACUACAUGAUUCGUCAACGGGUGGAUGGCGACGGUAACAUAUAUCCCUUGGCAGCGCGAUCCCACUUUGCCGCCUUACAAAUGUUGCCUGAAGAGAUUGGCGUACCCAAGCCCGGCCCAGUGCUAAAGUGGCUGCGAGCCAAGGAGGAAUGGGAUACGAAGUUUGCAAAGCAGAAAUCCGCGGUGCAACGGCAAAGGCUGCAAGAGAUUCAGCAGGGAGUUGGCGUAUUCCGCUAUGGUGAAUAUCCUCCACCAAGUUCAUUAGCAUCGAGAAAGGACAUAUCUGUCGCCUACGAAGAGGAAGAAUACAAGAAGAGCCAUGGUAUGUGGCUGUGGAGCCUCAUAGCAAGCAAACAUGAUACGGCGGCUCUUGCAAAAGCACAAACAGUGGGAGAAGCGGAUAUCCGUGUUGGCCCACAACCCAGUUUGCACGAAUUGCCCUCCAGAAGGUAUUCGCUCCGCAAUCAAGUUUUGCCUCAUGUCAAACGAAAACAUAGGCAUUCCCAUCAGGAACGCACAGUAUCAGAUCUUGGCCAAGCGUCCGAAUCCAUGCCAGUUCUUGAGCCUCCCCCACGCUCGAGGAAACGAUGCGACCCGCAAUUCACCAGUUCAGGCUGUGAUACGACAACUCCCAACCAACCUCCACCCGAGGAAUUCCAGCUAGGAUUAUUGGCAGGUCCGCAAUUUCUCAAUCACGACGGCAGACGACCCUCAUCCAUCUACACGGAUGACGCGAGUGUGAGGUCAAUAAAGGAUGCGGAUGGUGUGAUUUCGCCCCUCUUUAGAAGAUCGAGGCCAGAUGGUGAAUUUAAAACUCAAUGUGAGACCCCGAGUGUUGGGACAAAUCCUGACCCAUUUACGCCCGAACAGAAUGACAUGCAAAGCACUAGCGAUCCUUCUGGCGUUGAGAGGAAUGAAAAAACCACGCCCGUUGACGACCAGUUGCCUGUUAAAGAGGACACCGAGCUACGGGGCGACGCUAGCGGGGAUACUUCCCAGGGGUGCAACUCCGGCAAACUCAAGAAAUUGAAGUAUGACUUCGAAUUUGACGAGUAA